CGGGGCCCCGCCCCCAUCUGCUCAGGCAAGCUGCCCAGCCCGCAGGGUGGCUAAACUUUCUCCGCUCCUCUGGGACUCCAUUAGUUUUCCACAUAGUAAGUGGCGCUUUCUGGUCUUUCUCAAGCUCCGCAUAUUGUUCAAAGAAGUCAACCCUCGCCCCAGAACAGAAACCGCCAACUUCCCCCACGUUUGGGGGCCGUUUGGGCGCGUUCCCCAGCAUAUCCUGGGAAAGCGUCCGCGUUGUCAUGGCGACGCUCUGAGUAGGUUCCUGCGCGCCCGCCCCGGAACUAUCAUUUGCAGGGAAAUAACCUUUGACUCUAGACAGACAGCUCCAUUUUUCACGAGAGAUGGCAGCUGUGAAAAGCCCCAUGCAGGAACUAAAGAACGCAAAUGAACCCUUUGAUACGAUGUCACCCAUCCUCUUGAAGAGCCUGGUGGAGGAGCCCAAGAAGAGAACUGAGGUGCCUAACCACCUUCUGGAAUCUAAGGUUUACGCCAAGCUGCUGAACAACAAGGUCAUCCAGGCCAGACCAGGCAUAGUCCAUUUUGGAGGCUAUACGAUAGAAAAAGAGCACCAACAGAUCCUGAAUAUCGCCAAUAUUUCGGAUGAAGACACACACCUUCAUAUUUUACCUCCACAAACCAAAUACUUUCAGAUCAGCUUUGAGAAGAAGGAGCAUCGCCUCAUCCCAGGCUUGUCACUCACGGUCACUAUUACAUUUUCUCCAGAUGAGUGGCGUUACUAUUAUGACUGCAUCCGCAUUCACUGUAAGGGAGAUGACACCUUGCUUGUCCCCAUUCAUGCCUACCCUGUCUUGAAUGACCUGGACUUUCCCACGUUUAUAAAUCUAUCAGAUGUCCUCCUUGGAGAGAGCAAAAGCUAUGUGAUCCCCUUGCAGUGCAGCUGCCCCGUGGAUUUCGAAUUCCAUAUCACGUUGCUUCGGUCUCAUCAAGCCUUUACGAUUGAGCCAAAGUCAGGAAUAAUUCCAGCUAACGGGGAGGCAAGAGUAACUGUCACGUUCACGCCCAUCCAGUAUGGGAUAGCACAAAUAAAAAUUCAGUUGUGGAUCUCACAGUUCAACUCUCAGCCAUACGAAUGCGUCUUCACUGGAACCUGCCACCCCAACAUCGCCUUACCAUUAGAAGAGUUUAAACGAUUAAAUGACCGUUCUAAGAAAGUAAAUGUUCCUCUAGAAAAAACAGCAUACGUGCAAUUUUACCCAACUGUGGCACAGGCAAAAAAACCUCAGAAGUUAAAGGAAAUCGAUUAUCAGGACCUGCGGUUUCCAGCCGACCUGUCAAAUCCAUUCGCCGUGGCGACCGUCCUAAACCAGGAAGCCGGGAAGAUGAAGAUUAAGGACUUAAAACAAGUCCUGGACCAAGGUGACGAAGUCUCCAAAACCAAGCAGAUGAAGGAGGCGAUCUUUGAGCAGAAAGUCAGACAGGACAUCGUGACAGAGAUCGAGAACCAUCUUAAGUGGCAGGUGCACCUUGGCAAAGAGCACACAACUUACAAGUUUAAAAAAGAGCUCAUUGAGGAGCGGCAAAAAGCACGUGAGAAAUACAAGCAAAACAGAGGCGACCCUAUCAUAGGGGAGGAGCUUCAACGACUCCAGAUGAAACAGAGCAAGAAGCGCAUCGUCCACAACUUGGAGGAGAAAGUCCAGGAAUUCCAUGCUAAUUUCGAUCCACUCAUUAAUAACAUGUGGCUGAGCAGACACCGGGCACAAAGACGAUUUCAGCAAGCAGCACGCAAGAUCAUGCUUGAACGAAGGUUACUUCUUAUGCUGUGUGCCAUCCGUGAAAUGGACAAAGAAGGCAUCAUGAGAAAGCUUGUCCAAGUCAAGCGGUCGCUGGUACAAGCAGAGAAUCCCUACCGGUCCCUGAAGGUCCGGGUGAGUCAGGAUGACAACCUCUGGCCCUACUCACUACAGCCUGAGGAAGUGCUACACUUCGCCUUCCCAACAGACUCGCAGAGCUACAAUGAGCUGGCUCUUGAUGGCCUUGGACUAGUCCCAAUUAAGUCUUCGGACAUUCAAAUCAAGCACAAUUAUCCCUUCUUCACUUUAAAGGUUCCACAGUUAUAUAAAAUCAAGGGAUAUCACCCAUUUUCUGUCAACAAGUCCUCAACAAAUUACAGACUUCAGAAACUUGCACGACCACUGAAGCAUGGUGCUGAGGAUGAAGUCACCACCAUCAUAACCCUACCCAAGAAGAACACCGUACAGGUCUCAGAGAAGCCCUCCAUCUUGAGUAUGAAGCCACCUGAGGGCUUGGCCAUGUCUGUAGAAUAUGACCCGCUGUAUAUUUUCAACCCCAGCCCAGGACUGUUUACUAUGAAGCAUCCUCUGACCUAUGAAGAAACGCUGAUAGAUUACCAUCUGUGCACUCACCCCAAGUACAAGUACACCCAGGAGCCCCACCAGGGGUCCAGCAUUCCUCUUACCCAAAAGCAGUUUCUCCAUCACACGGAUAUAAUUCCUGGAAUCAUGAACUGGAAGAAGUUCCAGCCCCUGGUAUUCUCCUCCAUGUCUGAGUCCUCUAAGGAAAACACUCAGAGAAGUGACUGGUACAGCCCUGUGAUGCUACCCAUAGAUAUCCCCUCCCCACUGGAGGACUUACCAGAAGAGGACAGAUUGGAAACUACUGAGCGAGAUCUCUGUGAUCAGGAUAUAGAAGUCAUGCUGACUCCAGAAAUGAUCCAAGUGGAAUUCCCCAUCCUGACCCACAGGGACUCCAAGAAGGAGAAGGAUUUCAAAGACCCGACCCAGUUACCAGAGAAGGUGGGAGAAAAGGUACAGGAGGAGAUGAAGAAUCUGAGAAACAAAGCUCUCAACACAUACCUGAUUCUAGACUAAACCCCAUGCUGUGCCCGUGGCUCCCCUCGCCUUCCAAGGUCACUGAGGUCCUCAGAGUCCACUUACAUUCGAGCUACUUUUGCAAUUAAAGUUUCUAGAGACAAGAAUUAAAAUGCAGAUGCCCUGCUUUAAACUAUGUUUUUCUUUUUGAAAAUAAAAAUAUUCUGUUAUGAUGGC